UGCAGUAUGCACAUCAAUUAGCGAGGAUUCCACUAUACCUAAGCGAGUAUGAUGAUGGUUUUUAAAUGAGGAAUGAUGAUAGAACUGAGCAGGGAUUGCAGAUAGAGAAGAAGGAAGAGAAGGGAUGCGUUGAGUUGAUUGUUGAGCGUAGUAGCAAUGAUUGGCCUCACUCUCAGUCCCACUACUAACUUCCCCAUCAAUUUCAAACCCAUUCUCAAACCCCCUCUUCUUCACCUCAAAUCUUCCAUUUCCUGCACCCUACACAACAACGACAUAGCAGCCCUCAGGUCAGCUUCUGUGAGGCUCAUUGAUGGGAAUCAGAACAUGGUGGGCCUUGUGUCCAAGGCUCAGGCCCGUCAAAUGGCCCAGGAUGCUCAACUUGACCUCGUGAUAGUAUCGCCAGAUUCAGAUCCUCCUGUUGUAAGAAUGAUGGAUUACAAUAAAUACAAAUAUGAACUGCAAAAGAAGAAGAAAGAACAGCAGAAAAGAAGUUCUGCUAAUCGGAUGGAUUUGAAGGAGCUCAAAAUGGGAUACAACAUAGAUCAACAUGAUUAUUCUGUGCGGUUGAAAGCUGCACGGAAGUUUUUGAACGAUGGUGACAAGGUUAAAGUCAUAGUGAAGCUUAAAGGCCGUGAAAAUGAAUUCAGGAAUAUUGCUAUUGAGCUUGUUAAACGUUUCCAGGGUGAUGUUGGGGAGAUUGCAACAGAAGAGACUAAAAGCUUUCGUGACAGAAACAUAUUCAUAGUUAUGGUUCCAAAUAAAGCCGCUCUACAGAAAGCUCAAGAACCAUCAAAGACAAAAGACAAGUCAGCAUCAGAUGAAGUCUCCCCAAGUAUCCAAUCAUAACUGAAAACUUUCAUCAAGUUUCACAUUCUUUUCAUCAAGGUUGGUUGGGAUCUGAGUAUUGUACAGAGUACAUUCCUAAAUACAUAUUACUAAAGGGACCCCUCUAGCUUAACCAAUCAUUAAUGUAAGUUGUUUAAUUUUUAUUGAAUGGUUGAAGUUGACAGUAAUAUUAAUACAUACUUUUCAAUUACAAUGCAAGUCAAAUUGAUGACUAGUAUGAGACUUAAAUGAAGCACUGUCCCAACAUUAUACGCAUUGGCAAGGAAAACAUCAAUUUUUGAUCAAUAAGAAUGCUUGAUAUGGUUA